CCGGCCAUUUUGGAACACAAAUGGCGUCUGUGGAGGGUAUUUUCGACACGGACUCGGAGGACGAGCUGCCUCCUGGCUGGGAGGAGAGAGUCACUACAGACGGGAGGGUGUAUUACGCAAAUCACAGAGAGAAGACCACCCAGUGGGUGCACCCCUCCAGUGGGAAGAGGAAACGGGUCCUGGGCGAGCUGCCGUAUGGCUGGGAACAGUGCACAGACGACGAGGGCAGGAUUUACUAUGUGGACCAUGUGACCAGGAUAACCACGUACACGGACCCGCGGCUCGCCUUCGCUGUGCCCGAGGACAAGGAAUGGCGCCAGCGGUUCGACGGACACAGCACCGCGCUGCAGGUGCUGCAGGGUCGCGACCUGUCCGGACGCGUUGCCAUGGUAACGGGCGCCAACUGUGGCAUAGGGUUUGAGACAGCACGCUCGCUGGCGCUCCAUGGAGCUCAUGUGAUCCUCGCCUGCCGGGAUCUUCACAAGGGCAACCAGGCUGCCAAGGUCAUCCGGGCAGAGCGGGCCUCGGUGCAGGUGGAUGUUCUCCAGCUGGAUCUGGCCUCCCUCCGGAGUGUGAAGCAGUUUGCAGACAACUUCAGGCUCAGGGAACUACCACUCCACAUCCUCAUCCUGAACGCAGGGCUGUUCGGGUUGCCAUGGCAACUGACAGAAGAUGGGCUGGAGAGCAUCUUCCAGGUUAACCACCUGGGGCAGUUCUACCUGACCCAACUCCUUGAAGACAUCCUGGUGAAGUCAGCACCUGCCAGGGUCGUGGUCGUCACUUCAGAAUCUCACAGGUCAAUCAAGUCACUCCAAGGGCCAAGUUAUCUUCUCAAAGUCCCUUCCUAG